CCGGGUGAGAGGCGGCGGCGGGGGAUCCCUGAGCCAUGGCGGGCGCGCGCGACGCCAUCCUGAAGGCGCUGGAGGACCUGACAGCCGACGAGCUCAAGAAGUUCAAGCUGAAGCUGCUGUCAGUGCCCCUGCGCGACGGCUACGGGCGCAUCCCGCGGGGGACGCUAUUGCCCUUGGACGCCGUGGACCUCACCGACAAGCUCGUCAGCUACUAUCUGGAAGCCUACGGCGCCGAGCUCACAGCGCUCCUUCUCCGCGACAUCGGCAUGCAGGAGACGGCGCGGCAGCUGCAGGAGACCGUGCUCGACGGCCCUGGAGCCGAACCAGCCAGGAUCAAGGCCCUUCCUCAGAUGGCAGCCAAGACUGGACUGCACUUUGUGGACCAGCACCGGGCAGCACUCAUCACGCGGGUUACAGACGUCGAUGGGGUACUGGACGCCCUGUAUGGGAAGGUACUGACUGAGGAGCAGUACCAGACAGUGCGGGCGGAGACCACCAAUCCAACGAAGAUGAGGCGGCUCUUCAGCUUUGCUCCAGCCUGGAACCUGACCUGCAAGGACCUGUUCCUUCAGGCCCUGAGGAACACCCAGCCCUACCUGGUUGCCGACCUCGAGCAGAGCUGAGGUGCCUUCCCCAGCAACAGCCCCACAUUCAGCCCCUAGCAGUUCCAGCCAACUCACCCAGAUGCCGAAUUUUUUAUACGCAAUAGAUGAAAAACCAGUUUGUACCUGUGUGUUUUGCCCACUUCCAGCUUGGAAAGCAGGUGCAUGCACAGAGCUGUUUCCAAAGGCUGCGCCAGCUCAGGGAAAGCUCUGGUUUCACUGUUCGUUGAGCAUCAGGCUAACCAAAUGCUUCCUCUGUUCUUCCUGCCUCACAGUCAUCAUGGAACAGUUCUUUUUGGUUUACUAUUUGGUGGCUCCUCCAGUACUACCUCAAAAGGUCUGCCCUUGUGGCCAAGCCUAAAGGUUAACAUGGGAGCUUCCAGAUAGUUGAACACAUGGAGGUUCCCGGAGGGUGGCGACCCCAGGGAGGGCAUGGAAGUUCCACGCCCCCUUCCCCCUACCUCUCCCUAUUCAUCUUCACCUGUAGCCUUUGUAAUAUCUUUUAUAAUAAACCAGUAAGUGUAAGUGUGGGCUUCCCUGAGUUCUGUGAGCUGCUCAAGCAAACUAAUCAAACCCAAGGAAGGGAUUAUGGGAACCCUGAUUUAUAGCUGGUUGGUCAGCAGUUCCAGAGGCCUGGACUUGUGACUGGCAUCUGAAGUGGGGGGCAGUCUUGAGGACUGAGUCCUCCACCUGUGGGACUUGAUGCUAUCUACCUUAAGAUUGUGUCUGAGUUAAAUUGGAGGACACCCACAGUUGAUGUCUGCUAAAGAACUGCUGGCUUGCUUGCUAGUGGGGAGAAAUCCACACACAUCUGGACACAGAAGUUGGUCUUCUGUGUUGCUUGUGGCUGAGUAAGAGCAUAGAGGAAAAAAACACUAGUCUGUGUUUUUUUCCCACUCACUCACAGACUGGUGUCAGAAUCAAGAGUUUGCUACAGUGGCCCUGACUCACGGAAACAUGUGGUUUGGGAAAAGUGUAAAUGGAUGGGGGAUAAGGAACUCCUGGGUGGCCACAUGGUCAACCAUGGUAUGGAGCCAGAGCCAUGCUACUCUCAGUUUCUAAAGGUAAAAGCUACCGGUGGAACUUGAGAUGGAUCCAACUCCUAGGGAGUUGGUUCACUGGAUGCAUAAGAAAACACAAAUACGAAAAAAGGAAAAUAUUCAAUCCCUUGGUUAUUGUCUGUAAUAACUUAAAUUAAAGUAAAAGACAGCACUGGGUUGGGCCUUGAGGUUGGACCAAGCUCGUGUUUCAGGAAGUCUGAGCUUAGGCCACUAGCCUCAAAGCUGCCCCCCAAGGAAAAAGUUAUACAGGAAUAACAAAGUACCUCUAAGACCUCUGGUUACCAAGAAAGUAGUCAGUAUGGGGUGAUGGAGUUUGGAUGUUGUCCCCUCCAAAACUCAUGUGGAAAGUUGAUCCCCAAUGAGGCAGUGUUGGAAACUGAGUCAUGGGGGUGGAUCCCUCAUGAAUGGAUUAAUGCUCUGUGGGGGAGGGGGAAUUAAUGAGUGAGUUCUCACUCUAUUAGUUCUCAUGAAAGCUGGUUGUUUAAUAGACCCUGGCACCUCCUCUUCUCCUCUCUCUUGCUUCCUCUCACCAUGUGAUGUGCUUGUACCUGCCAGCUGCCUGCCACUUUCUGCCAUGACUAGAAGCAGCCUGAGGCUCAUGCCAGAUGCAGCUGUCCCAGAUC